AUGUCCAACUCGGCCGCCAACGUCUUUGACGAGCCCGACAAGCUUGCCGACUUUGCUGCGGCCGUGUCGACUGGCGACGUCGAGGAUCUCCAGGCCGUCUUGGAGUCGCUCUCGCUCGAGGACCGCCUGCAGAAGGCCCUGCUGAUCCUCAAGAAGGAGCUCAUCAACGCCCAGCUUCAGAGCAAGAUCUCGCGCGACGUCGAGAGCAAGAUUCAGAAGCGCCAGCGCGAGUACUACCUCAUGGAGCAGCUCAAGGGUAUCAAGAAGGAGCUUGGCAUGGAGAGCGACGGCAAGGACAAGCUCGUUGAGCGCUUCAAGGAGAAGGCCGGCAAGCUCGCCAUGCCCGACGGCGUCAAGAAGGUCUUUGACGAGGAGCUGAACAAGCUCAUGCACCUGGAGCCUGCGGCGAGCGAGUUCAACGUCACACGCAACUACCUCGACUGGCUGACGGCGAUUCCCUGGGGUGUCCACUCGCCCGAAAACUUUAACAUCGCACACGCGUCCAAGGUCCUGGACGAGGACCACUACGGACUUAAGGACGUUAAGGACCGGAUUCUCGAGUUCCUGGCUGUCGGCAAGCUCCGUGGCACGGUCGAGGGCAAGAUCAUCUGCCUCGCAGGUCCUCCCGGAGUCGGUAAGACUUCCAUCGGAAAGUCGAUCGCCCGUGCGCUUGGCCGCCAGUUCUUCCGCUUCUCGGUCGGAGGUCUCACCGACGUCGCCGAGAUCAAGGGUCAUCGCCGUACCUACAUUGGUGCCAUGCCCGGAAAACCCAUUCAGGCCCUGAAGAAGGUCGCCGUCGAGAACCCGCUCAUCCUCAUCGACGAGGUCGACAAGAUUGGACGUGGCCACAACGGUGACCCGGCCAGUGCGCUGCUCGAGAUGCUCGACCCUGAGCAGAACAAGUCGUUCCUCGACCACUAUAUGGACGUUCCUGUCGAUCUGUCCCGUGUCUUAUUCGUGUGCACGGCCAACGUGCUCGACACGAUCCCCGCGCCGCUGCUCGACCGCAUGGAGGUGCUCGAGGUCAACGGCUACGUCGCCGCCGAGAAGAUGAACAUUGCCGAGAAGUACCUCUCGCCGCAGGCCAAGGAGGCUUCCGGUUUGAAGGACGUUGACAUUGAGCUUGACCCCGAGGCGAUCGAGUCGCUGAUCAGGUGGUACUGCCGCGAGUCGGGAGUGCGUAACCUGAAGAAGCACAUUGACAAGAUCUACCGCAAGGCAGCGUUCAAGAUUGUCGACGACCUUGGCGAGACUGCUCUCCCCGAGCCGGAUGCCAAGGAGACGGCCAACUCGGUUGAGACACAGGAGGCGGAUGUCAAGCCCGCGUCCGAGCGCCUGCCUGGUGACGAGCACGGAACCGAGCCGGACCGUGUCAACGUUACGACCGCCGUUCGCGAGCCCCUCAAGAUUCCGGACAGCGUUCAGAUCCGCGUCAACAAGGAGAACCUGAAGGACUACGUCGGUCCGCCCGUCUACCACAAGGACAGGCUGUACUCGAAGACGCCGCCCAUCGGUGUCUCCACUGGUCUUGGCUACCUUGGCAACGGCUCGGGAAGCGUCAUGCCGAUCGAGGUCACGUCGAUGCCGGGUAAGGGUGCGCUUCAGCUGACCGGCAAGCUUGGCGAGGUCAUUCGGGAAAGUGCGCAGAUUGCGCUGUCGUGGGUCAAGGCGAACGCGUUCCUGCUCGGCAUCACCAAGUCGGAGGCGGACCUGACGAUGAACGACCGCGACAUCCACCUGCACAUGCCCGAGGGCGCGAUCGGCAAGGAGGGGCCGUCGGCGGGCACUGCGAUUCUGACGGCGUUCGUGUCUCUGUUCACCAGGACACCAGUGGACCCGGACAUUGCGAUGACGGGCGAGGUCACGCUGAACGGCAAGGUGCUCCCCGUCGGCGGGCUGAAGGAGAAGAUCCUCGCCGCGCACCGAUCAGGUAUCAAGAAGCUUCUGCUCCCGAUAGCGUGCAAGUCUGACGUGGACGAGAAUGUGCCCAAGAGCGUCAAGGACGGCAUCGAGUUUGUCUUUGUCGACGAUGUCACGCAGGUGUUACACGAGGUGUUCCACAACUCGAAGAUUGAGCAGGACAGGUGGCGCGAGACGCUGCCCGUCGAAGAGGAGGCCGUCCGUGAGAAGUACUAG